AUGGCUGAAGUCGAGGAGCCCCAAUUUUCAACGCUGGCCGAACGAAUCGCUGCUCUCAACAAGCAGAAGAGCUUCAGCUCAUCCUCGACCGUUGCGUCUGCAAGUCCGCCUCCUCGACCAGCCUCUUCGGCCUUGGCAGCACAUGGAAAACGGCCCCCGCCUCCUCCUCCGCCAGCUGCAGCCCCCAAAGUGCAAACUGUAGCCCGUACUGCCGACGAGCCAGUUCGCCCUCCACUUCCCGUUCGUCAGCCAACACAGCCCAAACGCGCUACGUCUUCACAACAUAGCCAGCCGCCCAGUUUGCCUCGGCGCCUCCCUUCGAACCAGAACGUGAAGCUGCUGGCUGCCGGCGGUCGCCGCCCGUCAUCGGACUCCGUCGUCUCGACUGCCUCGACAGCAACAGCGUCUCUUGCCCUGAGUCGGGUAUCGUCUGCGACGAGCCAUGGCUCUUCUGGAAGCGGCCUACGAAAAUUGCCACCAGCUUUCGGAACGACCAAGCUGCCGCCGUUGCCUCCCAGCAAGAGAGAGCGGGAGGCUGCAGAUCGUGCCGCGACAGAGAAGGAGGCUGUCGAGAGAGAAGAGGCUGAGUGGGCUGCUAGACAUGAAGCUGCAGAACGACAAGCCGUGUCGACGACGACAGGGCCACCGGCUCUUCCAAUGCGGCCUGGCGCGGGGUCCAGACAAGCGUCGGACGCUUCUGAUGGGGCACAUCCACGCCUGCCGCCUCGUCCACGGCCAGGACCGGGCGAUGCCUCCAAGCCGCCUCCUCUGCCAGCUCGCCGGUCGACAGUCAGAGACGGCGAGACCCAGCCACCGGUGCUACCAGCACGUCGGCAAACAGACAGGGCCCAAGAACCGUCGCCGCCGACUCUGCCGUCACGGCAGUCGACCGUCCGGUCGGCAAUUUCCCAGGGCUUUAGCUCGAGCAAGGCAGCUAUCGGAAGAUGGAGCGACAGGGCCAACCACAAGAAUGACGAUGGGGAUGAUGACACGCCGCCGCCAUUGCCCAUGGCUUCCCGCCCUUCUCGGGCCCAGAUCGAUGCUGUCGUCAGAGGUGGUGGGCGCAGCAGUGCAGCGGCUCCGGGCUCAGGAAACUACGCCAUGAAGGGCGAUGACGACGAGUGUCUGCUCUGCCGGGACUUCUCUGGGCCUGACGACUUGGCGGCACGCUAUCCGCUGGAGCGGCUGCCACGACAAGGCACAGUGAACUACCUGGCACGCCAUCUCUGCGACCCGUUUUCGUCGCAGACGGACAAGGCGCGGGCCAUCUUCACAUGGUGCCACCACAACGUGGCAUACGACGUGGAUGGUUUCUUUAGCGGAUGCAUUCCGCGAGGACAGAGCAUUACCGAGCAGAUCUUCUCAGGCAAGGCGGUGUGCGAGGGCUACGCCAAGAUCUACGAGGCGAUAGCGCGGGCGGCAGGAUUGGAGGUGCGCGUGGUGACGGGCCAUGGCAAGGGCUUUGGCUUCAACCUGGUCAAGCCAGGCCAGCCAGUGCCACCGCCCAAUCCGACAGGUCAUGCGUGGAAUGCAGUGCGGAUUGAUGGUGGCGAGUGGAAGCUGUUGGAUGCGUGCUGGGGCGCCGGCAAUAUCAGCGAGCAGCGGGCAGAGCGCUACGAGAAGUGUUUUGCGCCGGAUAUGUUCACCAUGAGCAACGACAAGUUUGGCGAGCGCCAUUUCCCGGCAGACCGCAGCUGCUUCUUCCGCGCCGAUGGAUGUGCGAUCUCGUGGGCUGAGUACGUGGUGGAGAGGUCGGCCGAGCCGCCUGUGGUCCUGUACACCAACGGGAAGGAAGACCAGUUCAUCGACCCCGACUCCGUUCAGCCGUCGAGCCUGCAAAUUCACGUCAGCAAUGUCAGUCGUGGCAGCUCCGGCGACGAUCUCGUUCACUUCUAUUUUGGCCGAACGUGUCCGCACUGGAAGCUGGAGACCAACGGCCGCGGCCUGCAGCCGUACCAAAUGUUCAUCAAAAUUAAGAACGGCGGCGCCGACGGCCGCUCCGAAGAGAUGGUCGAGGUGCGCUACGACAGCCCUCUGCACUGGUGGGCUGACAUUCCGCGAAGCCGUCUGGGCCCACCCGGGACCAAGCUUACGUGCUUCGCCUACGCCACGCGAGAUGGCCAGGACAUGCGUGGUGCCUCCAUGGCAGACUUCCGUGCGAGCUUAGGCCGUCACAAAGUUACUUUUGUUGGCAUUUGUGCGUGGGAGCUGGUGUGA